GAGGCCUUUCCGUAAUCAACCCAUAGACACCCCUUCCAUUUCCUUCCCUAUUCACACCAUUCCAUACCAUUUUCCCCUUUCACUCAAAUCUCUCUAAACUCUACAGAAAAGUAUCCGAUCCGAUCCGAUCGAUUCCAGAUUCUAACAACACCCGGUAUCCUUUCCACUUUGAAUCAAUCCUUUCUCUUUACAGCUCAAAUCAACCAAACAUGUUGGCUACAAACCAAUUUGUAUCUUGAAUCACAGCCACUACGUCUCAGUAUUCGCUUGUAGAUUUAUUGAUCGGUACUGUCGGUGUUAGGGUUUUGCUUUUAUUCGAAGUUUGGUUGCGAUCGGUCACAUGAAGAUCGAGGAUCUCGAUGAUUCUUCUUCUGAUCUACAAACCGCUAACCAUCGUACGGUUGAUUAUGAUUCUAGACGCCAGAUCGUUGCCGUUGAUGCCAAAAGAGCGUUAGUCGGUGCCGGUGCUCGGAUCCUGUUUUACCCGACCCUUUUGUAUAAUGUUUUUCGUAAUAAAAUUCAAACCGAGUUUAGAUGGUGGGAUCAAGUUGAUCAGUUUCUUCUGUUGGGUGCUGUACCGUUCCCGAAAGAUGUUCCUCGGUUGAAGCAGCUUAAUGUUGGUGGUGUUAUUACUCUUAACGAGCCGUAUGAAACUCUGGUUCCGAGUUCGUUGUAUCGAGCUCAUGAUAUAGACCAUCUUGUUAUUCCUACGCGAGAUUACUUAUUUGCUCCUUCGUUUGAGGACAUUGACCGAGCUGUAAAUUUCAUUCACAAGAAUGCUACGCGUUGUAGAACGACAUACGUGCAUUGCAAAGCUGGGAGAGGAAGGAGUACCACAAUCGUGCUUUGUUAUUUGGUUGAAUACAAACACAUGACCCCGAUAUCUGCAUUGGAGUACGUGCGGUCUAGGCGACCUAGAGUACUCUUGGCGCCAUCUCAAUGGAAGGCGGUGCAAGAAUACAAACACUGGCGAUCAGUGUCAGCUGCCACAUCAGCAUCUUCAGGGGAUGCUGUGCUUAUAACGAAAGCUGAUUUGGAAGGGUACAAUAGUCCGUCAAAAGGCAAAGAGUUAGCGCUGGUUCCAAGGGUAUCGAAAACAAGUCCAAUGAUAGCAAAACUUUCUUGUCUCUUUGCGUCUCUGAAAGUUUCAAGUAACUCGGGUCCUGUUAGUUUGAAACUAACAGAGACACCUGCUUGUUAGGUUUUAGUAAUCGGUUAUCAUGGAAGCGGUUCAGCAGAAUGUGAGCCAUCUUUCAUGCUUCUGUAACUCCAGUUCUUUGAAGACGGGAGAUAGAAAUUCCCAAGGAAGAAAAAAAGACAUGUAUAGAUGCCUACUCCGGCAUCGUAUUUAUGUACAUAUUUGUUUUCGGGUGUUUUUAGGUAUAAAACUUGUGUUAUAUGAACAAGUGCUUGCUUCUCUGUGUGUUGCAAGUGGACAGGUUAGACGUGUUGGAUAACUAGUUCGGGUUGAAACAGUUUGGCUGGGUUGGGUUGGCGUUGAAGUGCGCAAAAUUUAGCGUUAAACAUGGGAAGGUUAGUAAAUAGCACCCCUUUGCCGUUACUGGCUUUCGGUCAA